CCACCGCUUCCGCGAUGUUUCAAGUUCCCGUGGACUGCCAGGACUUCAUCAGGAUCCUGCAGCCGUGGGUGGAGAGCGUUCUCCAGGACGUGGGGCUGCAGAGCUGCCGGGAGUCCUUGCAGGCCCUUCAGGCCUUUGCCCCCGGGGACAGGUACUUCCUCAAUACCUCCUGGCCCGACCUGGCCCCCAGGGGGCUUUUCAGAAAGAAGGUGCGAUUCCGAACCAAGCCGUACUGCUGCAGCCUCUGCUCGUACUCAGCAGACAUGCUCUCUUCUCUCAAAAACCAUAUGCGUCGGUGCCACGAAGACGAGGCCGACCAAGAGCUGCAGAUCCAGUGCCCCGAUUGCUCAUUCGUUUCACGGCCCAGUGUGGUGAGCAGGCACUUCUCGUUAUUCCACGAGAUGGCGGUGCAGGAUCAGAGUGCCCAGGAUGGGAAGCCCUUGAAGGGCUACAUAAAACAGUUCACAUGUUUGAAGUGUAGCUUUUCCAAUACCACUUUCGGUAGCAUGAAGAAGCAUGUGCUCCUCACCCAUUUUCAGUUCUUACUUAAUGCCUACGUUGGCUUUCAGAGUCAGGAAGAACAGGCGCAGCCAGAAGCCGACACUCUACUGGCUGGGAGAUACUAUUGUAAAAAGUGUGGCGCCACUGUGUGCAGCCAGGAUGGUCUGAUGUCCCAUAUUCUGACAUCAGAUCUACACAAGGACUUGGAGAAUAAGCUGCGAUCUGUGAUCUCAGAACACAACAAGCGGCCUGGGCUUCUGAAGCAGGUGCCCGUUGCUCCAAAGCCACAGGCAGGCUUGGCCAGGGCAGCAAACAGUGCUCCGCGCGCAGCUGCUGGGGCAAAGCCACGUCGGUCCCGUCCUGCCGUGUCAAAGAACGCUCCAAAUCCAGCCAUUGCAAAGUCAGUGACCUUGGCCCAGCCUGUGACCACUGCCCAGGUACAGCCACCAGCGGGGGUCCCAGGCACUUCCUGGAGCCUCACUGAUUCUGUGCCUACUGCUGCCCAGUCCCACACGGCUGUUGUCUCCAGCCCUCUACCGGUGGGCCAGACCAGCCUCACACUGCAGCCUCCAGCUCCCUCGACUGCCCUCUCCUCAGACAGGGCUUCACUUAAUAAGCCUAUCAACCCUCCUGCAUUGCCCCUGAGUCAGCCCCUUGGGCCUGUGAAAAAGUCUGUUAGAAUGAGCGAUCUCCCAGUGAGUCAAGUGAUCCUAUCUGGGCUUUCAUCCCUGCCACAGCCCGUGGGGCCAGUGGAGCCCACAAGCAGACAGAUCAGGCCUGGUACCCUAUCUUGUGGUGUUUCUGCCAGUCCUGGGGUUCUGCAGGCCACAUCACCAGGAGCAAUUUCUGUGGGUCAGGUGGUCUCGUUGGCAGUCAUUCCUGAAGGUCAGAUGCCCCCUGCUUCUGUGAUGCCCCCUGCUUCUGUGAUGCCUGUACAGCUAGCAACUUCUGGGGUCCUUCCCACUGGCCCAGCAGUCCAGCCCAGGGUUCUCCAUGUAGAUCAGGCUGCCUCAGCACAGGCUCGCCCCUCUUGUCAGACAGUGUCCAUUAGGGUUCUUCCUGCAGAUCAAGUGGUAUCAUCUGGGUUGCGUUCCCCCAAACAGCUGAUGAUCUCAGAUGUCCCCGUGAACCGGGAUGUGAGCUCUGGUAUUCCUCUGCUUGGUCAGCCUGUUACAUCAAGAGUCCUUCCUGCAGGCCCACCAGUUAGACCCAGUGUGCUCCAGCUUAGUCAGUCUGUUGGCACCGGCAUCUUGCCAGUGAGCCAGCCAGUGAGAGCUGAAACUUCACAGAACACCAUGUUCCCCAUGUCAGGCACUGUUUUCAGGAAGCUCCUCCCGACAGGGACACAGGUUAAUGGGAAACCCAUUUACAUGCUGGACCCAGUGCCUGUCACUCUGCCUAUUAUUCCUCAGGGUGCUAGCGUCGUGAUUGUCACUCCACCCCAGGUGCCCAACCAAGUCCUGUCCCCCAGUGUGGGUCCACAGAUGUCCAGUGCUCUACCCAGCUUGUCCUCCUCUCGGGGGCCGGUAAACACUGCAGACCAGAAUCUAUUUGUUCAGGUCUCUUUACCCGAGGUGAAGGUGAAUAUGGUUGUCAGGCAGGCCAAGCAGUGGAAAACCUGCCCAAUUUGCAAUGUAUUCUUCCCGUCCAAUGUCUACCAGGCUCACAUGGAAGUGGCUCACAAACCAAGUGAGUCCAACUCCAGUGAGAAGCGUGAGCCAGUAAAGCUGGCAGUACGCGCGCCAUUUCUGAAGUGGACAAUGGAGAAGGUCAUGCGGUGCCUCUCCUGCAAAUGCCUGGUCUCAGCGGAGGAGCUAAUGUACCACUUGCUUACACAUGGCUUAGGGUGCCUGUUUUGCCCAUUUGCUUUCCACAGCCUGCAGGAUUUCUUGGAGCAUAGCAGAAUUAAACACCAUGGGAGGAGGAAGCUGUCUUUGGAGUACAGUAACAGGGGCUUCCAGUUGAGCCUGGAUGCUAAUGGCGACCUGUUGUUCCCCUAUCUUGAUUUCAUCAUUACUCUGCCAAGAGAGAAGAUGGGAGAACAGGAAGUCUGCCUGGCUAUCCUCUCAGGGAUACAUUCCACAUCACUGGUUCCCUUGUAUAUUAAGGUGAGGCCUCAGGUUAAGGCUGUACCUAAGCUUCUUGGCAAACAAGAGCUGACCUGUCCCCUCUGUUCGAGCACAUUCAUGAUAACCGAGACCUACUUGUUACAUUUGAAGGACAGACACCAUGUUAUACCGACAGCCUGUACAGUAUUCAAUUCUCCUGCCUUCAAGUGUGUUCACUGUUGUGGGGUCUACCCUGGAAGCUUAACUACGGCAGCCGUCACUCUGCAUUUGCUGCAUUGUGGAUGUGCUCCCAAAGACAACAGCUUAGACCGACAAAUUGGGUCCGGUUUUGUUGCAGGCAGUGAACUGCAGUUCGCCAAUAGGGAAAGGAUUCCUGAUUCUAAGUGUCCAGUAAAGAGAAAGUGGCAAGAUGGCCAUCUGGGGGCAGAAGACGAGAAGAGGAAUGAGAAAGUUUCCUUGCCUGUCCUAAAGGGUGAUGCAGCAUCGGGUUUGGAGGAAGGGACUAGUGCUAUGCCUUUGAAGAGACAAAGGAUUGAAAGUACAACGGAUGGACCGGUUGCUGAUGAUAAUUUAUUCCACAUCCUAGCAUUAGAUCCUAGAAAAUACAAAGACUGCUCCUAUGAGAAAAAAAGGCAGUUUCUUAAAGAGUAUUUCCAUAAGAAACCAUAUCCUAGCAAAAGAGAAGUAGAACUGUUGUCUUUAUUCUUGAAGAUGGAAAGAGUUAAUGUGGCUUUGUUUUUUGGAACAAGAAGAUAUAUUUGUUUGAAAGCAAUAGAAGUCCACAGACCUUCAGUACUUCUAGGCUUUGAUACAUCUCAACUUAAAAAUGUUAAACACAGACUGAGCUUUGAGUGUGAACCAGAAAACUCAGCUUAAAAUUCCAGGCAGUAGUUUGAGCUGACUUUGUUGUGCUGGUUUCUCAGGUGCUCAGGAAGACUUGGGUUAAGAAGCAAAUGUUACUCCAAAUGUACUGAUUCCCGUAGUUCAGUCUCUUAGUGACUCUUAAGUGUAACCACUCCCCUGUCAUGUGAAUUAAGUUUUGAUAUUCCAUUAUGGCUUAUUCUCCUAGUAGUGUCCAUCAAAUGAUAUAAACCUGAAAUCUGCAGAUACUUGUCUUCUCCUUUUAGGGGAUUUCUGCUUGUUUGUAAAUGAAGAGUGUUGUUCGGAGUAUUUUGGGCAUCAACCAAGAAGAUAGCUAUAUUUAGAGAAAAGAGCAUUGCUAUGUGUAUGACUUUCCAAGAACACAGUUUUAAAAUUUAUAUUUUAUAUAUGAGUGAUGUGUAUGACAGAAGAGGGCAUCAGAUCCUAUUAUAGAUGGUUGUGAGCCACGAUAUGGUUGUUGGGAAUUGAACCAGGGCCCUCUGGAAGAGUUGCCAGUGCUCUUAACUACUAAGCCAUCUCUCCAGUCUCUAGCUCUUUUUUGUUGUUGUUGUUUUUUUUUUUUUUGAUUUUCUUUUUUUGUUUGUUUUUUGAGACAGGGUUUCUUUGUGUAACAGCCCUGGCUGUUCUGGAACUCACUAUAUAGACCAGGCUCGCCUGGCUCUGCCUCCCGAGUGCUGGGAUUAAAGGCGUGCACCACUACUGCCUGGCAAAGAAUACAUAUUUGAACAUUAAAUUCUGUUAAUAUUAGCUUGCAAUAUUAUACUUUUUAUUUAUAUUUUUCAGUUUUAUCCUGAAAGCUUUAAAGAACACAACUCAUAGAAAAACUAAAUGUUUUCAUUAUUAAAAAUAUCCCUAUCUUAGGGUCUUGUAAGCAGUUCACAAUAAGUGUUCCUUUAUAAAUCAAGAGUUUGCAGAGGCAGGACUGCAUUCCAGUGUGGACUUUAUAGUGACAAGUCAUCUCUCCAUUAAAAGAUAAGACAAUUUUUUUUAAGCACAUUUAGACUAGAAAUCAAGAACACACACAGAGAACUCUUUCUUGCCUGAACUGUUCAUAAAUAGGUUGGAAGAAAGGUCCGUGGACACAUAUACACUAUUUUUGCCUCUGUGCAGACUACCUGGGAUGGAUCACAGGUUUCAGGCUUGUGGUAAAAGGGGUAGAGCAGGAGAAACUUAGUUGAUGUGUUAGAGUUGGGAAGAUGACAUUUCCUCUGCCCCAGGUAUCAGGCAUUGCUAAGGAAUCUGUAUUGAAUUACUGUGUUGUAUCUUCUACGGAUACCAAACCUUGUGUUUUUUACACAAUAUAAGGCAUCAACGUUGUGCGUAGUAACAUAGACCAGCCCAGUUAGGUCUGGAGUCUUUGCCUUUUUUUUUCUCCUGGCAAAACACUACUUGUGAGGAAGAAGAUGUGCUCAGGAAGAACAAACACAGACAGAGGAAGUGUACUUGAUUUUUAUUCUGAGGAAGGUGGUGAUUGUGUCUAUUCCCUAUUGGCUGACCUCACAAUCUUACUCACUUGGCAAAUCUGAAAAGAAUUGGUGCACAGGAAGUGGAGGAAGGGGAGCAAGGAGUCAUUGCUGCAAGGAGAGAAGGGCCAUUGCUUCAGGCUAUCCGACUCCUAGAAUAGGAAUAGUACUAAAACCUCUUAAUUCCUUGUCCUAACUAUAAGUUUUAUAGUAUUUGAUAGAAAAGACAUUUGAUACUUAAAAAUUUUUCUUUUAAAACUGUUUUUUUUCAAACUCAUCACUGUGUUUUUUUUUCCUGCCCUAUCUUGGAAUAAGAAACUACAAUGGGGAGGAGGUACCUGUUUUGUAAUAGCUUACUCAACUAUCCUGAGUUAGAUUCCUACUACAAAGGAUUAGUUCUUUUUUUUUAAUUUUUUGAAUUAAUUCUUAUGUAUAUUUCAUUAGCAUGGUUUAGGUGAGCCUGCCUUUCUAGGGAUAGUUCUUUGACCAGGAGAUUAACCUGCCUGCAAUGAAAUACUAGGUUGAUCAUUGCCUUUCGCUGUGCAAAGGAGGAGCUUGUCUCCCUUCAGGUGAAGUACCAGAGUGUGGGGCUCCAGGAAGCAUUACAGUGUGGCUAUAUAGAUUUUCAGAAAUGCAGCAUUUGCAUGCAGUGCUUGUAACAUGCGUUCAGGCAGUUGUGAAUCUUCUAUAACUAUUGGCUCACUCUAGUCAAAUCUGAGGGCUGCUCAGAUCUUUUUGUUGUUGUUGUUUACCUAUUUUCAGAGUAUCUACUGUGAAUUAAAACUUGUUAUACCACUGCCAAAAAAAAUAAAGUUUUUUUUUGGAACCCAGUCUCAGAAAUUUCUUAUACACGUUGUCUGAGGGCUAUUUUGUAUCACAAAGGCAGAACUGAGUGAGUAGUGACAGAGAUUGGGGACCUGGCAAUUUAAUAUUUGCUAUCUGGUUCUUUACACACAGAUUGUUUCCAGCGCCUAGAUUAGAGGAAGGCAGGAACAUUUCUGAGUUUUGAAACCUUCCUCCUGUGGAUUACUCCUUUCUUCCUUUAAAAUUUGCUUUAUGGAAUUUCACCCUAUACCUAAAUAAAAUGUUCCCUGUAAGCUCUAUAAAUAACUCUCACCCUACAACAGCUCUGUUUGUUCCUGAUAAAUCAGCAAGAGAUCUUUUAGAUGUGGAGAAACUGGCUAAGGGGACCUUCAUCCUUUCUACCCCAGACCUGAUAGUUCUUUACAUUGGUUCUCUAUUUUCUCCUGUUCUCUUCGAUGCUCUGCAGCUCCCUGCUAUUUCUAGCUCAUUUCCCUGGCAGUGGGACCAGUCCCUGACACCCUACAUCAACUCUAUGCUCACUUCUCUGGCAGUGAGACUGCUCACUGAUGCCUACAUCAACUCUGUCCAUUUCCUCUCAGCAACCUGCUCUGUUUCCCCUGCCUCUGUUCCUUCCUAAACCACAACCUUCCCAGAAAAUCACUUGGUUUAAUUCUGUCACCACAUCAUCUGCUUGCAGCUCUCUAGUUAUUUUCCAAGUCUCUUCAAGAAUGCAGGGCAGCAACUGCAUGACCCAUUGCAACCCAUCAAGUUAA